AUGGAUCACUUGACGACAACAAAGCAUACCACCGACACUGAGGCAACAGACACGCAACAGAUUGCUGGACAGAAACGGGACGCCAGCGCAAUCACAACAAUCAGCUCUCGGGAAUCUUCUACAAGUUCUGGUGAGGGUCUGGAAAUUCGCAAGGAAAGCAAAGGAGAAGGCGAAGCCAAACGCCCAAAGCUCGGCGAAGAGCAGACGAGCAGCAACCGCAGUGAUAAUAACAUGACUUUGAUCGAGGAAACCAGCAUGGAAGGCCGGCAAUGCUUCGUUACAGUGGGAGCUACCGCCGGAUUUCGGCCGUUGCUUUCAGAGGUUAUCAAACCAGAGUUCCUCAACUGUCUAGCCAUUAGCCACUUUGACCUUCUCAAAGUACAAUGCGGCGAGGAUUUCGAGUGGUUCGAUGAACAAGUCAAAUCUUUGCCUUCUAGUCCUGUCACGAUAGAACGCUUUGCCUUUACAGAGAACAUGACCAAACAUUAUAUUAGGUCACGGGGCGAGAAGUCCGUGAGAAUGCCGGGUGUGGUGGUUGCUCACGCUGGCUCUGGAACAAUUCUCGAAGUACUCCGGCUUCAGGUACCAUUGGUGGUAGUCCCCAACCCAACUCUGAUGGACAACCACCAAGCUGAGCUUGCUCAAGAGUUGGAGUCUACAGGAGACGCUGUGUAUGGUAGGCUAGGGAAAUUGACCGAAGCAAUCGCACGCUCGUUAGAACUAGUCGCCCAAGGUCCGCUCAAGCUCAAAGAUCUUCCACCGUACUCACCACCACCAUUCCCGGUGCCCGAUUCGGAGCGCGUGACCUUGUUUGACUGGAUGACGCUAACUUGCUAUCCAGACGAGUUACGCAAGCAGCAGCACUUGCAAGACCUCAGGAAUGUUGAGAAGAGCUUUCAGCGAGAGUUGGAGCAAGCCAAAGUGCCCCAAAGAGAGACAGUUCAGGAUCGCCGCCAGCGGGAUCUUGACUAG